UUUCCAAUUUUUGUAUGGUGUAAAAAGCAAAUAUUUAAUUUUUGAAAUCCCAAAUCAAUCAAAGCAAUGGCAUCAUUGACCAGAGUAUCACGCCUUUUGCAGGCUCCAUUGAGACGUGUUCAAAGUAUUCCCGUUGCAUUAUAUCACGAGAAUGUAGUUGAACACUACGAAAAUCCACGUAAUGUUGGUUCUUUAGAUAAAAAAGACUCGACCGUUGGUACCGGCCUCGUUGGUGCCCCCGCCUGUGGUGAUGUGAUGAAAUUGCAAAUUAAAGUAGACGAAAAUGGUAAAAUCAUCGAUGCUAAAUUUAAAACCUUCGGUUGUGGUUCAGCCAUUGCCAGCAGUUCUUUGGCCACCGAAUGGGUAAAAGGCAAGACCAUCGAUGAGGCUGGUAAAUUGAAAAAUACCGAUAUUGCCAAGGAGUUGCGUUUGCCUCCCGUCAAGCUACAUUGCUCCAUGUUGGCUGAGGAUGCCAUUAAAGCUGCUCUGGCCGAUUACAAAGUCAAACAGCAAAAGAAGAAGGAUGACAAAUAAAUGUUUGUAA